AUGUCCCUGAGCCGCUUUGUCGGGGGCUCGGCAGCCGGCCGGCUGCCCGCCCUGCUGCUGGCCCUGCUGCUGGCCCUCCUCUGUCAGGCGGCCGCCGCCGGCUCUGCCGCCCGGCCGGCCAAUGACCCCUCGCCCAUGGCCGCCGACGAGCUGGACACCCUCGACCAGCACUCCUCGCACGGCUGGUCCCCCUCCUUCGCCGGUGCCAUCGGGUCGGCCCUCCUGUCGGAGUGCCACAAGUCCUGCGGGUCCUGCAAUGGCGGCGUUUGCGUCUGCUCCUCGGGCUACGUGCUCCAGGGCGGCGCCUGCGUGCCGACCUGCCAUCCCAACAUCCCCUUCUCCGACCCGACCACCAGCGCGUGCACCGGUUGCUCCAAGUUCUGCCUUGACUGCACCGCGCCGGAUCAGUGCACCCAGUGCCUGCCGGGCUUCUUCCUGGAGACCCCCAUCAACUCCACGGCCAAGGUGUGCUCCAAGUGCGACAGCUCCUGCAAGACCUGCACCGAUCACACCCGGUGUGACACCUGCGACGCCGGCAUGUACCUGCAUCAGGACUUCUGCGUGGCCUACUGCCCCCCGGGCUACUUCCCGGAUCCCACCAACACCACUUGCCUGACGUGCGUCGGGGUGUCGUCCGGCAGUUGCACCGCCUGCGAGCGCGGCUACUUCCUGGACAACGGCGUGUGCAAGCCCUGCCAGGCCAAUUGCGGCAUGUGCUUCGUGGCCGAUGUCUGCUUCCAAUGCAAGGAGGGCUUCCUCCUGAGCCACGAUCUCCAAUGUGUCUCCUCCUGCUCGCCGGGCUUCCACCCCUUCACCAGCGAUCGCUUCAAGUAUUGCAAGCACUGCCCGGCCGCCUGCCGGGAGUGCGACAUUGUGGACGACUGCCCGGGCGGCGGCGGCGGCAGUGGCACGGCCUGCCCCCAGAAGGUCAUGUGCACGGCCUGCCACAUGGGCAGCCCCCUGCCGGAUGGCACCUGCGAGGACCAGGUUUCCUCGCUCCCCAACUGCAAUCGCCAGGUGACCAUCGCCGGGGAGGGCCGCUGUGUCAAGUGCACCUCCUCGCACUUGCUCGACUACAGCACCUACCAGUGUGCCCUGCCGAGUCUCAUUUCCGAAUCCGGCCUCCCGUGUCACUCCUCCUGCCACGAAUGCUCGGUCCACCACUCGCCGGCUGCCUGUGCCUUCUGCCAUCCGGGCCAUCGCCUGUUGAGCAAGUCCCAAACGGACCCGGGCCAGUGCAUUCCCAUCCCCUCCGGGUCUUCCUCGAUCGACAUCGCCAGCAAUGGCGGCUGCCCGGUCGGCUCGGCCUUGAUGGUGGACUUCUGCCAGCUGUGCAGCAAUUGCCCAUCCUGCAUUUCCGAUGACCUUGAGCCCCCCUGCACGUCGUGCUUCCAGGAUGCCGUGCUGUCGCCUUUCGAUCCGGUUUCCGGCUCCGGCGGCAGUUGCGAUGUGCCCCCCUCCAACUCCUCCUCCAUCAGCAUCAUCGGCAAGCCCGGCAUCCCCGGUGGCAUUGUCAUCAACUCCAGCAUCACCAUCCCCGGGGUCCUCCGGUGCGAUCCCUCCUGCCAGUCGUGCUCCGGCCGGCCGUCAUCCUGUGUCCUCUGCCAGUCGGGCUAUGCCUCGCUCAAGGACUCCCACCAGUGCAUCAACACCUUCGAUGCCCCGACCCCGGAGGGCUUGAGCUACUUCCGGCUGGGCAAUGAUGCCUACCCGUGUGAUCGGUCCUGCAACACCUGCUCCGGGCCCCAGGCCGGGGAGUGCAUCUCCUGCGACACCACCUCCACCAUUGCCCUGAAUGUCCUGUCGCGCGGGCACAUUUGCCUGGUCAAGGACCCGCAGGAUGUCACCCAGUCGUGCCCCUUCCGGUUCUUCUACGAUGCCGAUGCGUCUGCCGGUGGCAGCGGCACCGGGCCCAACUACUGUGUCGAGUGCCCGCACAAUUGCGAUGUCUGCUCCGCCGUCGGCAAGUGCGACAUCUGCACCCCGGGCACCUACUCCAGUGGGGACAUUUGCUACACCACCUGCCCGACCAGCCACUACACCGACGACGUGAACUUCACCUGUGGGCCCUGCCCCAAGAACUGCUCGGCCUGUACCUACGACCAUGGCAGCGGGGCCGGCCUGCUGGAGGCCUCGGGCUCUUCGCUUUCCGGCUCGGCCUCCAUCUCCGGGUCCGGGUCCAUUUCCGGGUCCAUUUCCGGGUCCCUUUCCGGGUCCGGGUCCGGGUCCAUGCCGGGCUCCGGGCCCGGGUCCGGCUCCGGGUCCGGCUCCCAGCCCGCCGACGAUCCGAACAUCAUUUGCACCGCCUGCACGCCCUCCUCCUUCUUCCACCAAAACCGCUGUGUGGCCUCCUGCCCGGAUGGGUUCUUCGGUGCCCCGGGCCGCGCGUGCGAGCCCUGCUCCAGCAGCUGCCUGCGGUGCACCACCUCCGCGGACAAUUGCACCGCCUGUCCGGCCGGCCAGGUCAUCUUCGAGGGCAAGUGCAUGGACUCCUGCCCCUCCGGCAGUGUCCUGGGGGUGGACAACCGCUGUGUCAACUGCGCCGAGGGCUGUCUCACCUGCAUCGACAGCCAGUCCACCGGGUGCACCUCCUGCAAGCCGAACUACUACCGCUUUAAGGCCGGUGUUGUGCCCGGGGCGGGUGCCUGCCGGGAGACCUGCUCCGGCGCGUACUAUCCCUCCCACCCGGCCGGCGGGUCGCAGUCUUCCAGCGGCGGCUCCCAGCCCUCCAGCGGUUCUCAGUCGUCUAGCGGUUCUCCCAUUUACAACCCGCCCUUGUCCAUGGAUGCCUUUGCCUCUAGCUCGGCCUCCGCCUCUGGCUCGGCCCCCGCCUCUGGCUCGGCUCCUGCUUCCGGCUCGGCUCCUGCUUCCGGCUCGGCUCCUGCUUCCGGCUCGGCUCCUGCUUCCGGCUCGGCCCCCGCCUCUGGCUCGACUUCUACCUCUGGCUCGGCCCCUGCGUCUGGCUCGACUUCUACCUCUGGCUCGGCCCCUGCCUCUGGUUCCAGCAGUGGCAGUGACGGGCCGCCCUUCUACCUUGAUAAGGAUCCGAUCUACCCCACCUGCCUGAAGUGCCACUCCCUGUGUUCCAGCUGCACCGGUCCCGAGCUGUCCGAUUGCAAUGGAAAUUGCAUCCGGUAUAUCCAUGAUGACAUUUGCGUCAGCGAAUGCCCGCCCGGCUUCGUGCCCGAGGAUAAGGUUUGCCUCCCUGCCAGCAAGUCCUCCAAGCGCAUCGGCAUCAUCGUCGGUGUGGUUGUCGGCCUGGCCCUUCUGCUGCUGGUGGCUCUGGCCAUUCUGCUGAUCUACCUCCGGCGCCGUCGUGACAAGCAGGUCAAGGAGUACGAGGCCGAGAUGCAGCGCCGCAACCAUGAGAUCAACACCGAGGCCACCAUGGCCCUCCUGCGCAAGGCCCGCGAGAAGCGCGACGACGACCAGGAGGCCACCAUCAUCAACACGAUCCUGGAGCUCUCCAUCCCCGGUUCGCUGGAGCUCAACUUCGAGAGCGACAUCCGUAUCGACGAGCUGCUCGGCUCCGGUGGUCAGGCCAAUGUGUUCAGUGCUGAUAUGCUCAAUCUCUCCAUCAAGGAGUCUCACGGUGUGGAUCGCGUUGCCUUCAAGGCCAUCACUCUCCCCAACCCGGAGACCAACGCCCUCGAGCACCAGCGCGCCAUGGACAUGUUCUACCAGGAGAUUGCCAUCAUGUGGUCCUUCCAGAAUGUGCCCAACAUUGCCCUCAUCUGCGGCUUCUGCGUCCACCCGACGGCCAUUGUCACCAAGCUCUAUCAGGGUGAUCUGGGCUCGAUGAUCUCCAGCGGUCGCGAGUUCACCAUGCUCCAGGCCCUGGACCUGGCCCUGAUGAUCGCCACCGGCCUGAACGCCAUCCACCAGAGCAACAUCGUGCACUGCGACAUCAAGGCCGCCAACGUCUUCAUCGAGGUCGAUCCCAAUGGUCGCAUGAACGCGGCCAUCGGUGACUUCGGUCUUGCCCGUAACCUCAACAACCUCUCGGUCAUCCGGGGUAUCGCCGUCAACGGUCUCUCGGCCCGCUACGCCUCGCCCGAGCUGUUCAACGCCCGUACCAGCGGCAACGUCCUGGACGACAUGAGCUCGCGCAUGUCCGAUGUCUUCGCCUUCUCGGUCAUUGUCUGGGAGCUGAUCACCCUGCGCGUCCCGUGGCGCGGUGUGGCCAUCGACGACAUCCAGGAGCGCGUGACCGGCGGCGAGCGCCUCCCUCUGGAGAACGAGGACAUCAGCAACCGCUGGCUCAAGACCCCCACCUCCAAGCAGCCGAAGGAGCUGCAGACUCUGAUCACGGUGGCUCGCGCCGGCUGGCAUCAGAACCCCGCCGAUCGCCACACCGCCGAGCAGAUGGUCGCCGUCUUGGCCGAGUCUCUCCAGAACUAGUGCGCGUGCACACGCGUCCCCCCCCCCCCUCCUCUCUCUCCCCCUUUCUUUCUCCUCCCCCUCCUGCGGAGUGGCGCUGUUCCUCUGCUCCCCGCAUUUCAGAUUCCAAUAUACAGCCCUUGUGUUCAUGAGA